CUGUUGUAUCAGUACUGGAGAAUGUGGAAUAUGCCUGUUCAUAAGUGGAUAGUUCGACACAUUUAUUUUCCAUGCUUAAGGAACGGAAUUCCAAAGGGGGUCGCAAUAUUGAUUGCUUUCCUUGUAUCUGCUGUUUUCCACGAGCUGUGUAUUGCUGUUCCUUGUCGCCUUUUCAAGUGGUGGGCGUUCAGUGGAAUUAUGUUCCAGGUUCCUUUGGUCAUUCUCACAAACUUCUUACAAAAUAAGCUCCAAAGCUCGAUGGUGGGGAAUAUGAUGUUCUGGUGCUUUUUCUGCAUUCUUGGUCAGCCAAUGUGUGUGCUUCUGUAUUACCACGACGUGAUGAAUAGAAAAAGCAGUGCACGUUAAGCUUCAUCCCGAGGAUGAUUCGUUGUGUGGUCGAGUAUUUAAGUUUUGGAUUCCAAGCUCUAUGCUACUGUUUCUUAGAGGACAGUGGUCAUCCACUAGCAACAAACAUUGCUGAUGAUGUGUUUCUGGCAAGGCAUUCCUGCUAUUUCCUCAUCACUCCAAAUGAUAUUCAGAUAUAUAAAAUUAUCUGUUCUGAAUGCACGACCCAAGGGGACGACAAGUGAUGGUGAUAUCUAACAUUUUAUUGCUUUCUCCAUGUCAGGGAAAUGUAAAAUACUAUCUUGAGGUACCUGCUCUUGUUAUAGUAGUCCUUGUCGCCUCUAAUUUCUCAUUCAUCUGUUCUGCUUGAAGAUGGCUGUGACGCUAGCAUGAAAUGUAAAUAACUACAGAUAAACAAAGCUGAUUGUG